ACAAUCUUUCCCAUCACUACAAAUCCAUUUCUUGCAUCUAUAAAUUUGUUACCUUGAUUAGUAUUGGAAAGUCCCACACACAAAAUAUCUAAACAAAAAGAAAAUGAGCCCUUCAUCUUUCCUAUUUCUUUCCCUCACAAUUUUCUUGUGUUAUUUCAAUCAAUUUGUUGAUGCCAACAAUCUCAUCCAACAAACAUGCAAGAAUUGCUCAAAAAGUGAUCCAAACAUAAGCUACAAAUUUUGCACAAAAUCUCUUCAAUCGGAUCAUAGGAGCCAAUGUGCCAAAAACCUUGAAGAAUUGGGCCUCAUAACAAUCAAAAUAACAAGGCACAAUGUGACAAAUACUUGUGAUCACAUUAAAGGGCUUUUAAAGAAGAAAAAUAAAGAUCCAUUUAUCAAAGAAUGUUUGGAUGAUUGCCUACAAGUAUAUUCGGAUUCCAUCACAACUUUUAGAGAAUCCAUUAGAGAUUAUAAGGCCAAACGUUAUGAAGAUUGUAAUGUUAAGCUAAGCUCAGUCAUUGAUGCUUCAACCACAUGUGAAGAUGGAUUCAAGCAAAAUAAUAAUGUCACAUCACCAUUGACAAAGAGAAACAAUCAUAUUUUUCAGCUUUCUGCUAUAGCACUUUCGAUUGUUAACAUGCUCAAUGUGGAUAAAUUCAAGGGUACAUUUUAAUUUUCUUUUUUCA